GGCGUUGCACUGAUUUACUGGGGCUGGCCUGGAGCUGCUUGCUGAGGGGAGUGGGAGCGGGCAGACAGUGGGUCCUGGAGCGGCCUGGAUUGUGGACAUGUUGCGGAUGGGGAGUGUGUGGUUGCUGGCCCUCCUGCUUCAGGCGGCUGCUGUGAGCGGUCUGUCCUUAGGGGAGCUUUACCCUCAUGGGGAGGGCGCUGGGGACAAGCUGCUGACCCCCGGGGACGAUGUCACUUCGGAGUCGGUCAGUUUGGCCCAAACGCUGCAUCUAUUCGACAGAACUGUUAAAAACCUUUAUGUGAACACAAACGGAAUCAUUACCAUCAGCAAACCUCCGAGAGAAGUGAAUUAUGUCGAUACUUUCCCACUAAGAUUUGGUGCAAUUGCGGCAUUUCUGGCUGAUCUGGACACUUCUGAUGAAGUGGGGAAGAUCUACUACAGGCAGGAUUCGUCACCACAAAUCCUCCACCGUGCUGCACUGAUGAUAAACAAAGGCUUCACUGAACUAAACUUCAAACCAGGCAAUGUUUUCAUUGCCACUUGGACCAAUGUGACUGCUCAUGAGGAGCUCAGACGAGGAGACCAACCACAGAAUAAGAAAAACACCUUCCAAGUGAUAUUGGCUUCUGAUGAAUCCAGCUCCUAUGCUAUUCUGCUGUACCCUGAAGAUGGCUUGCAAUUUUAUGGAACACGUUCCAAAUCGGCGAAUAACAUUGACUUAGAAUUACCAGCUCGAGUAGGCUUCAGCAGAGGGGAAAGCAGUUUCGUGCUAUUUACGCUUGAGGGACCGUCGUAUGCAGUUACAUCGAGCAGCGAACAAUCUGUUAAAAACCUUUACCAAGACAGUAAUGCUGGAGAACAAGGAGUUUGGAUCUUCCAUCUUGGUAGUUCUUCUAACCAGACCGUUUUUCCUGCCAGCGUAAGCAAGUUGCACACCGAUUAUGUUCGGAAUUCUUUUAGUACUGUUCCAACCAUUGACCGUCAGAGGAACUCCAAUGUAGAUAUAACUGAGAAUGGGUCAGACCCAGAAUACAAUCGUUCCGAAGAAGAAGAAAGGAUUGGCAUACCGGAAGAUGCUGGAGUCUACAAGGUAGCUUCAGAACGGAAUGUGGAAGAACCUCACUAUGUGGAGCAGUUUCCGGUUCGCACACAUAUCAAAGUAAAGCCAAUCCAGUUCCAGCAUUCACAGUUUCCCCAGCGGAGAGUUGAACUAUCAGAGACAGAGUUGGAUGUGACUGGAAAUGUUUUCUCCUACAAUACAGAAAGACAGCUCACCUGCGCAAACAGUCGUCAUGUGUGUUCGAUUCAUGGCCAGUGCAGAGACUAUGAGGCAGGUUUUUGCUGUCACUGUAAUCCUGGUUAUUAUGGAAAUGGCAAGCAAUGUGUUGCAGAAGGAUCUCCCCAGCGUGUUAAUGGAAAGGUGAAUGCAAAUAUUUUUGUAGGAACCAACCCAGUACCUAUUCAGUUUGAAAACAUUGACCUGCAUUCAUAUGUGGUGGUAAAUGAUGGGCGAUCAUAUACAGCUAUAAGUCGAAUCCCAACAACCCUAGGCUGGUCUCUCUUGCCACUAUCUUCUGUUGGAAGUAUCAUUGGUUGGAUGUUUGCUCUGGAGCAACCUGGCUAUGAAAAUGGAUUCAGUAUUGUUGGUGGUGAAUUCAGCCGUCAAGCGGAGGUGACCUUUGCACCUGGUAAUGAGAAGCUUACUAUCAAUCAACGUUUCAGUGGAAUUGAUGAGCAUAACCAUCUCACCAUCACCACCUCCCUGGAAGGACGAGUGCCUGAAAUUCCACAAGGGUCAACUGUGCAUAUAGAGCCAUACAAUGAGUUGUAUCACUACUCGAGCUCUGCCGAUUCGAGCUCGGUAAACCAGAACCCAUGCUACACAGGAACUCAUAGAUGUGACACCAAUGCUGCAUGUCGCCCAGAGCAGGGGAAUCGGUUCACUUGUGAAUGUUCUGCAGGUUUUUAUGGAGAUGGCCAGACUUGCUAUGACGUUGAUGAAUGCAGAGAUGAUCCUUCCAUUUGUGGAAAUUAUGCUGUCUGUAACAAUCAGCCAGGAACUUACCGAUGUGAAUGUUUCACAGGUUAUCAGUUUGCAGACGACGGCCGAACCUGUGUGGCUGUUCAGCGUCCUGACAAUCCCUGCCAAACUGAAACCCACAACUGUGACUCACCUGACCGCGCUCGCUGUAUUUACGCUGGUGGCUCAGAUUUCAUGUGUGUCUGCUUACCUGGCUUCUCGGGCGAUGGAAAAUCCUGUGUUGAUAUUGAUGAAUGUCAACCAAACCGAUGCCAUCCAUAUGCUCAAUGCUACAAUACACCUGGAUCGUUCACUUGCCGCUGUUCUCCUGGCUAUCAAGGUGAUGGGUUCCAGUGUACACCUGUAGGCUCAGGGAAAACGCAAUGUGAGCUUCACAGGGACAGUUUUCAGAGUAACUUGCAGCCAAGAAGACCCAGGCCUGCUGGCUUCUACAUCCCUGAGUGUGAUGUUCAUGGGAAUUACUUGCCAGUCCAGUGCCUCUCAAACCAAGAGAGCUGCUGGUGUGUGGACACAAAUGGUAAUGAAAUUGCAGGAACCAUGACUAGCCAUGGAGUGCGACCCCCAUGCCUUGAGACAGUCACUCCUACUGUUAUAGUUGGGCCCACACCUAGACCAGAUGUUAUUCCACUGCCCCCAGGCACACACCUCCUCUAUGCACAAAGUGGAAAAAUAGAUCACAUCCCAGUGGAGGGUUCCAGCCUGAAGAAAAAUGAAGCAAAGACUUUACUUCACAUUCCUGAUAAAGUGGUCAUUGGUGUCGCAUAUGACUGUGUAGAGAAGAUGGUGUACUGGACUGACAUUGCAGGCCGCACUAUCAAUCGAGCCAGCCUCCACGGAGGGGAGCCCUCUACUAUCAUUGGAAUAGAUCUGGAGAGCCCUGAAGGAAUAGCUGUCGAUCAUUUGGGCCGCAACAUCUUCUGGACAGACUCUGGACUGGACAGAAUUGAAGUGGCUAGAAUGGACGGAGACCAGAGGCGGGUGCUCUUUACUGAUGACCUUGUGAACCCAAGAGCAAUUGUUGCAGAUCCUGUCCAUGGUAACCUGUACUGGACAGAUUGGAAUAGAGCUGCUCCCAAAAUUGAGACCUCAUACAUGGAUGGAACUAACAGACGGAUCCUUGUGAAAGACGAUCUUGGCCUUCCUAAUGGAUUGACCUAUGACCCCUAUAGUGCAUUGUUGUGCUGGGCUGAUGCAGGAACUCAAAGGUUGGAGUGCAUGAACCCGAAUCGAACUGGACGCAAAAGAAUACUUGACGGCAUUCAUUAUCCCUUUGGGAUUACAAGUUAUGGAAGGAGUUUGUACUAUACAGACUGGAAAAGAGAAUCUGUCAUAGCUGUAGAUCGUAUCUUUGGUCGAGAGAGUGAUGAGCAACAGCCAUCCAAACAAUCUCGUCUGUAUGGAAUAACCACAGCUUACUCGCAGUGUCCGCCAGGACAGAACCACUGUGCUGUAAAUAAUGGAGGCUGCACCCAUCUAUGUUUGGCUACACCGUUGAGCCGGUCCUGUCGCUGUCCUGAUGCUUCAGUGGGGGUCAGCUGCGUGGAAAGAAACUAAUAACCAAGUAUUUCAGGGAGUUUCCAUUACUAUUUAGAAUGAAGUCUCUUCCUCAAAGUCAAAAUUCUGAUUUGAAAACCCUCUUUAAUUUUUAAAAUAUCAUUUUUUAAACAUUCUUUGUUAUGUUUUUUUAAAAAUUUUUUAUUUGGAUUUUUAUUCACGUUUUUUUAAAAAAUUACAACUGUAAAUAUGUUUUCUUAUGAUUCACUAAAUUGUACUACAAGUGAUGUUUAAUUCUAACUUUAUGGUGCUUUACUGUAAUGUUACUUCACCAUGAAUGAAGCCAACACAUCAGGUAUUAUGAUAUGCUCUGUACAGCUUUUCAUCAUAUAUCAAAUAAAAUAAAACUUUUUAUA